CAACAACACCUUCUGUUCUUAAGAAAGUUGCCAAACGUAUCACAUGACAUCUAUCCUCUAUCAUCGCCACAGAAGAGAAGAUCAGAAGGUCAUGGAUCUGGAAACAUCCGGAGGGAUUUUCGAUGAGGAUGUUGCAACCCAGUUCAUGAUCGGACAAAGUUUACUGGAGGGCCACAAGCAAAGCGAGUUGAAGAAGUCUGAAGUUAGCUGUAACAUUCCGGUCAGCCCAGAGAGAGAGAAGAUUUUCAAUGCUAUUAAACAUGGUGAUGAAGCUUCCCUCCGGAAGCUCACGGUUCACCAGCGUGCGUUCAGUGAAGAGGAUAACACAGGUUUCAUUCCUCUACAUGAGGCGGCAGCCCAGAGCAACCAGAACAUCCUCGAGAUCACAUUGAUCGCCUCUCCUGUGGUGUCAAAGGACAGAAGGACACGUCGGGGUAAAACGCCUCUUUUCUUAGCGGUGGAGAAGGGUCUUCUAGACAACGUCUGUUUUCUGUUGGACAACGGCUGUUGUCCGGAUACCCGGGAUGUAGAGGAAGACUCACCUCUGAUUGUAGCCAUUAGGAACAGCCAUUACGACAUAGUAAAGCAUCUGCUUAACUUCAAUGCCAGAGUUAACCAAGAGGGGGCGCACCGCAGAACCCCCCUGCAUGAGGCCACCCGGCUGGGUCUGAGGGAUUUUGUGGAUUUGUUGUUGAAGUAUGGGGCUCAUCCUGACCCCAAGAGCGUAUACGGCCUGACACCUUUGGCAUUGGCAGCACAGGCCGGACAUCUGGACAUCGUUCGGACACUCAUCCAGAGAGGUGCUGAUGUGCAGUCUCAGGCUCAGGACAGCGCUACGAUCCUGUUCGAGGCGUCUGCUUCAGGAAACCCUGAUGUGAUCUCUUUACUGCUGGAGUACGGAGCUGACGCUAAUGUACCAAAACACACCGGACAUCUCCCCAUCCACAGAGUGGCCCACCGCGGGCAUGUCAAGGCUCUGUCUCUUCUGAUACCCGUGACCUCGUGUGAAGCUGUGGAUGACAGUGGGAUCAGUCCUCUACAUUCAGCAGCCGCUGGUGGACACACAAAGUGUCUGGAGUUGCUCCUCACCGCUGGUUACGACCCCAACUUCAUGCUGUACCCAUGGGUACGUCGUAACUAUGACGACAAGCGGCAGUCCGCCCUGUACUUCGCCGUGUCAAAUGACGACGUUGCCUCCACCAGAGUUCUGCUGGAGGCCGGGGCCAUGCCCAACCAGGACCCGGUCAAAUGCCUCCAGUUGGCGCUUCGUCUGGGCAACUAUGAGCUUAUCAACACGCUGCUUCGAUAUGGUGCCAACGUCAAUUACUUCUGCCGGGUGAACACAACUCACUUCCCCUCGGCGUUACAGUACGCCCUAAAGGAUGAGGUGGUGCUCCGGAUGCUGUGUAACUAUGGUUACAAUGUGAAUCGAUGCUUUGACUGUCCGUACGGAGAGAACUCUCACGUGCCUCAUGGUUAUGAAGGCUGGAGUGAUUCGGUCAUUAAAGAUACUCUGUUCUGCGAAGUCAUCUCAGUCUCCUGGCUGAAGCAUCUCUCAGGGAAUUUGGUGCGAAUCAUGCUGAACUACGUCGAUCACGUGAGGUUUUGUUCUAAACUGAAGGCCGUCAUCAUGGAACAGAAACAGUGGCCAGAAAUCUGUCACAUUCAAGAGAACGUCAGAUGUUUGCAGCAUCUCUGUCGGCUGAAGAUCAGGAGCUGCUUGGGUCGGCUGCGUUUACGAGCUCCAGUUUUCAUGAGCUUUCUUCCUCUGCCAGACCGACUGAAACAAUACAUCUUAUACAAAGAAUAUGAUCUUUACAGCCAGCAGAGUCAAACUCAAAGCAGAUGAGCUGAUGCAUUCAGAACAUGCGCCUGCACCUGCACCUUUAAGACGAGACUGGCUCUGAUGGACCCUGAAAUGUGAAGACUGAAAAGUUUAAAUACUUUUAGGGUAAACAUAGGAUAUUUGCAUUUACAUAUACGCAUUUGGCAGAGGCUUUAAUCUAAAGCGACUUACAUUGCUUUAUCCUAUACCUUUAUACACUUGCAAUCCCCUGGAUCGAACCCAUAACCUUGCAUUGAUAACGCAAUGCUCUUACCACUGAGCUACAGGAAAGAUUGUUUGUGUGUUUGCUAAACAAAGGGAUAUUUUUAUACUGUCUUCAAACCUCUUGAUUCAGCCUGUGGUCUGAAAGAAGAUAGCCCUGUUACAACAAAAAUGCAGUGAACUCUGUAUAUUCUUUACAUUGUGCAGGUACAGAGGCCUUGAUUUUCUUAUGAAUUAGCAAAAAACUUGUCUUAAAGGGACCUUCCCAAAAUGAAAAUUAUUUGAUCAUUUAUUCACUCUCAUGUCAUGUCAAACUGAUAUGAGGUUCUUUCUUCGGCAGAACACAAAUGAAGAUAUUUUGAAGAAUGUUCGUAAGCAAUUUCUCCAAAUAUCUUCGUUUGUGUUCCACUGAAAACAGGGACACACGCAGGUUUUUAAUGAUGCGAGUGUGAAAAACUGAUGUCGUGUAUAAAUGUAAGUUUUAAAUCAAGAUUUUUUUUAAAUUAAAGUUUUAAAUUAAAGUGUAAAUUCUGAAAUCACUUACACUUUUGAAAUAACUUUA